UUGCUCACAGAUAAUUACGAAACGUUUAGAAGUAGCUAGCGACCAACGAAAUGGUACUUUGUUAAGGAUUUAAUUUAUUACAAAACAAGAAAAUAUUUACCAACAAAGAGUACCAUUACAAGAAUUAUGUCAGCGUUAUACCAAAGAUUUUUGAAAGUACUUGAAAAGUGGCCGGCAGACAAAUCGAAAGUAGGCAGGGACUUUGAGCCAAAACCUGUUGAAAAUAUGUCGCAGGCCAAAUUAAUAUCCGGUACCCAAGUGGCCAAUGAAAUUCGCGAAUCUUUGAAACAAAAAGUCGCGGAUAUCAAAAAAGAUUUGCCCGACUUUAAUCCCGGUCUGUGCAUUGUCCAAGUUGGUGGUCGUGAAGAUUCCAAUGUCUAUAUUCGCAUGAAAAUCAAGGCUGCCAAAGAAAUUGGCAUUGAAGCCCAACAUUUACAAUUGCCCAGAACUACCACCGAAAUCGAACUACUUGACAAGAUCAACUCACUUAACAAUGAUCCGAAUAUUCAUGGCAUUAUUGUACAAAUGCCACUUGAUUGUGACACCAAGAUCGAUUCUCACAAAAUCACCGAUGCUGUACAUCCGGACAAAGACGUCGAUGGUUUGCAUACCAUGAACGAGGGACGUGUAUCAAUUGGUGACUUGAGUGGUUUCAUGCCUUGCACCCCAUGGGGUUGUAUUGAGCUGAUCAAAAGAUCUGGUAUCCAGAUGGCUGGUGCUAAUGCCGUUGUAUUGGGUCGCAGUAAAAUUGUUGGUACCCCAGCUGCUGAGCUCUUGAAAUGGCAUAACGCCACAGUGACUGUGUGUCAUUCUAAAACUAAAAAUAUUGAAGCAAUUUGUCGCACAGCUGAUAUUUUGGUUGUUGGCAUUGGUGUAGCCGAAAUGGUCAAAUGUUCCUGGAUCAAACCCGGUGCCGUCGUCAUCGAUUGCGGUAUUAAUGUGAAGCCUGAUCCAACCAAAAAAAGUGGCACACGCUUGGUAGGUGAUGUUGAUUUUGAAGAAGCUAAACUGGUUGCUUCAGCUAUAACUCCCGUUCCUGGUGGUGUUGGUCCCAUGACUGUGGCCAUGCUGAUGGAAAACACGGUGCGUUCGGCCACAAAGGCUGCUUUCAAUUUGUUGAAGAAAUCAUGGGAAUUGGCUCCACUUACCCUGAGACCAGCCAGGCCAGUACCAAGCGACAUUGUAAUUGCCCGUUCUCAGACUCCCAAGGAUAUAUCCAUGUUGGCCAAGGAAAUUGGUCUACUUGGUAAUGAAGUAUCUUUAUAUGGCAACAAGAAAGCUAAGAUUGCUCUCAGUGUUAUGGAUCGUUUGAAGUCCAGAGGUGAUGGUAACUAUGUUGUUGUUGCUGGCAUCACUCCCACGCCAUUGGGUGAGGGUAAAAGUACCACCCUCAUCGGUUUGGUGCAAGCCCUGUGCGCCCACAAACAAAAGAAUGCUGUUGCCUGUAUGCGUCAACCAUCACAGGGUCCCACAUUUGGUAUCAAAGGUGGUGCUGCCGGUGGUGGCUAUGCCCAAGUUAUACCUAUGGAAGAAUUCAAUUUGCAUUUAACUGGUGACAUACAUGCCGUCACUGCUGCCAACAAUUUGCUUGCCGCCCAAUUAGACACCCGUAUCUUCCAUGAAAAUACUCAAAAAGAUCAGGCUCUGUAUGAUCGUUUGGUUCCUCGCAUUAAGGGAGAUAGGAAAUUCUCCAAAAUCCAAUUGAGACGCCUUCAGAGAUUGGGUAUCAACAAAACCGAUCCCGACUCCUUGACCCCUGAGGAAAUGGGUAAAUUUGCCCGUUUGGAUAUUGAUCCAGCUACCAUUAUGUGGGAACGUGUUGUGGAUAUUAACGAUAGAUAUUUGAGACAGAUUACUGUGGGACAAUCGCCAACGGAAAAAGGAUUUACACGCACUGCUUCUUUCUCCAUCUCGGUGGCCAGUGAAAUUAUGGCUGUCUUGGCUUUGGCCCAAAAUAUGGAAGAUAUGAAGACCAGAUUAUCCAAAAUGGUUGUGGCUUUCGAUCGUAAAGGUAAUCCAGUGACAGCUGAUGAUUUGGGUGUAACUGGUGCUUUAACGGUCCUGCUCAAGGAUGCCUUGGAACCCAAUUUAAUGCAAACUCUUGAGGGUACUCCAGUUUUGGUACAUGCCGGACCAUUUGCCAAUAUCGCACAUGGUUGUUCAUCGAUUGUGGCUGAUGAAAUUGCCUUGAAAUUGGUGGGCAGUGAAGGUUUUGUUUGUACCGAAGCUGGUUUCGGUUCUGACAUUGGCAUGGAAAAAUUCUGCAAUAUUAAAUGUCGUUCAUCGGGCCGUAAUCCAAAUGCUGUGGUCUUAGUUGCCACCGUAAGAGCUUUGAAAAUGCAUGGCGGUGGUGCCCCAGUUACACCUGGUGCUCCUCUUAAUAAACAAUACACCGAGGAGAAUUUGGAAUUGUUAGAAAAAGGCCUGCCCAAUUUGUUGCAACACAUUUCCAAUGGUUGCUCCUUUGGUUUGCCAGUUAUUGUGGCCAUUAAUCGUCAUAGCUCGGAUACCGAUGCUGAACAUGAGUUAAUUAAAUCCGCCGCCGUCAAGGCUGGUGCCUUUACUGCCGUUGUUUGUUCCCACUGGAGUGAUGGCGGUGCUGGAGCCUCUGAAUUGGCCGAUGCUGUUAUCAAAGCUUGUGAAAAUUCCAAAAACUUUAAAUUACUGUACGACAGCAAAAUGUCUUUGCUGGAUAAAAUGAAUACUAUUGCCCAGAAAAUGUAUGGUGCAGCUAAGGUUGAGUUGACAGAAACUGCUCAAAAGGAUUUGGAGAAGUUGACAAAUGCCGGCUUUGGCCAAUUGCCUAUUUGUAUGUCAAAGACAUCCGGUUCUCUUACCGGAGAUGCAUCAGUAAAGGGAGCUCCUAAAGGCUUUACUUUGACCGUCAAUAGUAUGUACGUGUCUGCGGGAGCUGGUUUUGUUGUAGCUAUGUGUGGAGAAAUAUCGAAAAUGCCUGGCUUACCCACUCGUCCCUGUAUCUAUGAUAUUGACUUGAAUACCGAAACUGGAGAAAUUGAGGGAUUGUUCUAAAAUGUAAAGGAAGGCGACAAUUUUAUAUAUUUUAAAUAUAAAUGCAUGUAAUUUUAUAAUGUAACUGACAAUUUUGUAUAACUGUAUAUAUAUAAAUUUUGUAUAUGAUUUUUUAUGGUGUAAUAAAGUUAAUAACGUUUA